AUGCCCCAACAUGACAGCGUUCCACAUUAUGCUGGAAGAAGAUCCCCUUGGCGGGACAUGGAUCUGCCAGAUGGAAGAAGCGACCACUCCUUCACCGGGAGCCUCUCUUCAGUGGCCUAUUCCAUCACCGCCCCCGCCUCGAUAUCUUCUAGUGCAGGUGAGGAAGACUCAGACGGCUUUGCAUUACUUAAAAUUCUUCUCCGAGAGGAUCGUCCCGACAUGGACGCCGUUAGGCAAUGCAUCUCCGACAUCCUGGACGACAACGUCAGACCAGCCCAUAAUCAGGGAUGGUACCGCCCUUGCAGCCCUGAUAACCAAUUUGCUGCCGAAUUAGAACCAUGGAUCCGAGGUCAAAGCAUGAAUGAACUAGUUGAAACAUAUUACAAACGAGACCCCAACCGAGCGACUUAUGGUGAGCGGGUGACAAUUCCGCGUCGCAUCGGGACCAAGGACAAGUCUCAAAGUCCGGAGAUGAGCAUUGGCAUGUCUGAGGAGGAACUGAAAAAGGACCUGGUCAAGCCUGUACCCGUGCCCGGGGUCAGGAGAGAAAAGACUCAUGCAGAGAAGGAGCAGGAAAGACGAACCCAUCAUCGGGAACUCCAAAAGGAAGGGGAUUUUAGAUCUCCUGAUAUUGUUGUGGUGUGUGGCAUCGAACAUGCAGAUAAAAUGAAGGAGACCAACACGCAACGAGCAAAGGGUCCCGGGAAAUACGAGCAACUCUGUAUGGCCAUUCUCUCUCAAGAACUCGGCGGUCGAGUGGUACAGUCAGAGCAUGACGGGCGACUUAGGGCCGAGCGGAUUGUGUGGAUGCUGCUCGACUGGAUGCUUCGCCAGACAUUGUCCAGGCCAGGGGGCAACCAUUGCGGGCCAUUUGCCCGUCUGCGUGAGCACCAGCCGACCGAAAGGAACAUCGAUCAACCUGCCCGUAAACGAGGACCUGAUGAGCUCGAGGAAGAGAAGGUAUACAAUUGGCGAGAUGUGCAUCUGGAGAGCGACAGUGACAGCUCGACUGGGUCGCGGAAACGAGCCUUCCCCCGUCGCCAGCAACAAGUUCAGAGUCGAUGCAACCGCGGAUUUUUCUUGGUGGAUUGAUGUCAAGUCACGAUAGGCACCGGCUUCUGCAUCCCUGAUGACUCCCGUGAACACGCCCAACCAAAACGGCAAUAACUGUACAACACACAUGGCCAGCUAACGACGACCAACAUUCGACAUAUUUCGGGAUCCCGGGUGUAAAAUCAAGCAGAACCAGAUUAUAUUUGACGACAUUCUUGCAACUGUACUAUUACUUUGGCCAUUUUUGGACGAGGCAGGUUUGCUUUCAGAUCAAAUGUCGAG